UCAGCCUCGAGCCUUGGGAGGACGGCUUCGCCGCCGCAGAGGGGCAGGCGGCACCUCGCCAGGCGGCCGGGGCCGCGCCGCCCGCCGCCGCGCCUGCGGCGAGGGCUGGUGUGGCGGGGCAGGAGCGAAGCUUGGGGCAGCCGCGUCCCGAGCAAUGGGACGACGCUGUGUCUGCAGACGACGGCCUGGUGCAUGCCGCCGACGCCGCUGGCGCCGCGUUGGAUGGAGUGCCUGCGGCGGCGGCGGCGGCGGCUCCGGCUGGUGUGUAUGCGUGGCCGCCGGGGACUGCGGCGGCGCAGGCCGGCGGCGGGGCGGCGGGAGGCAGCACGGCCGGCAACGCUGACGAGGACGUCCCGAGCUCUGAGGAGCUGAGCCAGCUGCUGACCGGCUGCGGCUUCGCGCCGCUCGCGCCGGCCGGCGGCGAGGCGGGCGCGGACGCGUCCGUGCGGCUCGCGCUCGCGUCGGUGCUGGCUCAGUACCGCCAGCGCGCGGCGCUGCUGUCGCAGCUGCUCUCCGAGCGGCGAGAGGCGCAGCGCGGCGCCGCCAGGGGCGCCGGGGACGCGGGGCGGGCGGAGCAGGAGCGGGAUGCGGCGCUGCGGGAGGCGCGGAUCGCAAAGGCCGCGCUGCAGGAGUACUCGGCGCACGAGGGCGCGCAGAUGCAGGCGCGGCACAGGGAGGCGGAGGCCAAGCUUGCGUCGGAGGUGUCGCGCCUCAAGUUUGCGCUGAAGGAAGCUGAGGCGCAGCUGUCAUCGGCGCGCGCGGGCGCGGCCGGCGCGGCCGGCGCGGGCGACGCGGCGGCGGCGCAGCUGCGGGACGCGCACCGCACGGCGCAGAGGCACCGAGACGAGGCGGAGCGCGCCGCCUCUGAGGUGGCCCGGCAGAAGGCCCUCAUUGCUGAUCUGGAGCGCGCCGCCGCCGCCGCGCGCGCGGAGGCCCGGCAGAGUGGCGAGCGCGCUGCCCAGGCUGCGAAGGAGCUGGCGGCGCUGCAGAGGCAGCGGGACGAGGACGUGGCCACAUUGACAGCGGAGGCGGGGCGGCUGCGGGCCAGGGUGCGCGACGCGGAGCAAGACCUCGUCGCGGCAAAGGCGGAGCUGCAGGCGCGCGCGGAGGCGGCCGCGGCGGAGCUGUCGCGCGCCUUGGCGGGGGAGCGGGCGGCGCACCAAGAGGAGGUGUCGCGGCUGCUGUCGGAACUGCAGCGCCACAGGCAGCAGGUGUCGGAGCUGCAGCUGGCUGAGUCAGCGGCGCGCGCCGCCGCGAAGGCCGAGGGCGCCGCCGCGGCCGCCGGCGGCCGGCAGCUUUCGCAGCAGCAGCGGCAGACGGCGGCGGACGCGGCGCGGGCGGCCGCGGAAUUGGCGCGGCUGCGGGAGACCGUCAGGCAGCUCGAAGAGGAGGGCCUCGCGCGCGCCCGCCUGCUCGACGCCGCGUCCUCCCGGCUGGCUGCCGCGGAGGCCGCCGCCGAGCGCGAGCACGGCGCCGCCGACGCGGCGCGGCGGGAGGGCGAGCAGGCGCGGGAGGCGGCGCGGGCGCAGGCGCAGCUGCUGUCGGAGGAGGCUGCGGGGCUGCGGCGGCAGGUGGGGGGGCGGGGCCGGGGUGCUUAUGUUUGA